GAUAAGAACCCCUUCCAAACUUUAGCUGUAGUAGGAACCCUGUGGAGUUUUCAGUUGUCAUAGAGUUUACUGUCAAUCAUGUUCAUUUUUUAAGUCGACGGAGAAAGCAAAUUUCAUUUCCCUACUUAUCAGCAGCCGGAACGUUUCGUAAAAAUUCUUAACAAUUUUUUUAUGCUAGGAAAAUUUAUAUUUAGUUUUUUUAUUGAAUCUGGCCAACUGCGCAUGCGCAACCUGAAUUAAUACCACUCAAUAGCAUUUUUGAGAGUUCUGCCAAGUCAACAGAACUACCAUUAAACAUGAAGAUUAACAUCACGGGUGAAUAUACGCUAGCGGAGAUCGAGGUGGAAGUGGACACCGAGUUGAGCGCCGAGGACCUGCAGCCCGGAGCCACCGUGCUGGCAUCUAACGAGGGUGAUGGCGGCCUGGAGCAGAUAGUCAGCCACGAAGAUCUGUCCAGGUUCUUUACCGUGGCGCCGGCGAGUGCCCUCCCCAUGCCUACGGAUGUUGUGGUGGAGCGCACCCUGGCGGAUCCAGCCCUCAAGCAAAUCCUGCAGGAGGCUGACGGCAAGAGAGGCUUCGAUCCCAAGGCGGAGCAGUUGAAGAUUCGCGAAUUUCUGGCUGGGGUUACCAACAGCAAGAUGACCACUGAGCAAUCGGUGUUCCAAGGAUCCCGUUCCAAUUCCUCUGCGGCUGCUAGCAGCCGUAUAAAGUGUCCCCAGUGUCAGGUCUACUAUGAUGCUGUUUCCUUCCAGAGCCACACCUGUGAAACCGAAGUCGAUCGGAAACCUGCUGUAACAGUCACAGUUGCUCAGCAGGAGAAGCCCCCUGCUGUCCCCACUGUAAGUGCUCCUCCCGCUCCGCCCAGUAAGCCAGGCAGCAAGCGUGUGAUCCUGGAGAACCAGGUGCGCCUGCGGCGCUACAUGAAGGAUGAGAUGAAAUACGACCUGGCCACCGGCGUUGAUAGCUCGCGCGGCAGGAAGUCGGGGAAGGGUCCGAACGAGUGCACCAUGUGCGACCGGAAGUUUGUGCAUCCCUCUGGAUUGGUGCGCCAUAUGGAGAAGCACGCUUUGGACAUGAUCCCUUCUCAGGCCAGCUUGCAGCCAUAUACAGCUCCGGCUGCCGGUUUCCAUGUCGUGGUGAAGUGCAACAUCUGUGGGCGCAUCUUCUAUGAUCCGCUGGCGGCCUUGGAGCACGGCUCCAUUCACUAUCCGGAGCAUGAAGAGCUGUGUCAUAUUCCGGAGGACCUGUAUUCCUCUGGCAAAAAGGAUUUCAAGGAACUUCUGCUGGAGGGUGAGAUGCUGCUGGCCGGAGAGCUGACAGUAACGGUGGCCCAGCAAAAGGCUGGCCGUCGGGAGAGGGAGCUGUUCUCCAGCCUGAUCCUGGGCAGCGUUUUGCAGUGCGAAUUCUGCGAGUAUAUCUUCGCUGAUAUAGCCGAACUGCUCGUCCAUUCGGCCUCCCAUGUGGCGGAGCGGCGCUUCGAGUGUACCGCCUGCAACAUGCAGAUGAACACUGCGAAGGAGGCCAGCACCCACUUCCAGACGGACUGCAUCUUUAUGCGGGAGGCCAUACGAUCCCUGAGUGUCACCCUAAGUCGCCACUUUGUGUGCAAUGUGUGCGAACUUAAGUUCGCCAACACAGAUCUGCUCCAGGAGCAUCGAUACACCUCGUACCACUACUUCCCCCGGCUCAGCCAGAAUGGUAAGAAGCUGCUGCUGCCUUGCGAAUUCUGCGAGGUCAACUUCGAGUUCGCUCACGAAAUCCUGGCCCACAACGAGGAGAAGCACCUGAACAAGAAGAAGCGCGAAAAGGAAACGCGCAAUGCGGGCACUGGUCGCUUGCGUCAGUAUCUGUGCGACAUCUGUGGCAAGUCGUACACCCAGUCGAGCCAUCUGUGGCAGCACCUGCGCUUCCACCAAGGUGUCAAGCCGUUUGUCUGCCAGGAAGAGAACUGUGACCGGAAGUUCACCAUUCGACCGGAUCUGAACGACCACAUCCGCAAGUGCCACACGGGCGAGCGUCCGUAUCUCUGCCUGGUGUGUGGAAAGCGCUUCCUCACAGGAUCCGUCUUCUACCAGCACCGUCUAAUCCAUCGCGGCGAGCGGCGCUACGAGUGUGAGGAGUGCGGCAAGCGCUUCUACCGGGCGGACGCCCUCAAGAACCACCAGCGCAUCCACACCGGCGAAAAGCCUUAUAGCUGUCUCUUCUGCACCAAGACCUUUCGCCAGCGUGGCGAUCGGGACAAGCACAUCCGGGCGCGUCACUCCCACUUGGACGCCAACUCGCGACUGAUGAUGCAGAUGCAAAAGUUCCAGCUGGAGACGGCUGCUGCCCAGCGGGUGCAACAUCAUACCCCGGAGAAGCAGGCAGCAGCAGCAGCAGCAGCAGCAGCAGCUCUUGGUGGCAGUCCUUCGGAUGUAGCCUCUUGCUCGGGAUCCGGAUCUGCCGAGGCUGGCGACCAGGUGAUACAGUAUUCUGUUAUUCAAGAGCCGCAAGGAAUGAUGUGCAUGCCAAUGGGCGAGGUGAACCAGAGUUUCCUGAUGUCACACUAUGUCCAGGGUGUUCCGAUGGAGACCGAUGGCUCCGAGCAGCAGAUCAUUGUCUUUGAGGAGCCGGUUCAGGAAAUGGAUGUGAUGAGCAUUUUCGAUCCGCAGCAAAGUCAGGAUCAAAUGCAGGAAAAUGCCAGGGUGUUGGUUGUCAAGAACAAUCCCACCCAGCCGCUAUAUUCGGAUACCUAUAUGUAGUAAUCCAAUUUGAAUUAAAAUAAAGCGCCUGAUGAACUUA